AUAGUGAUUGGAUUGUUGAAGCCGCCAUGUUUGUUUUGGAAUGCUAUCCGUCCAUGUGCCGACAGAUUGCAGUCCUUGUUAAAAAUGUAAAAUAUUAUUAAUUAUUGUGGCAGACAAUAACUGGAAUACCGUCAAAAUGGAGCAGGAGAUAACAAUUUCUCCGGACUUUGACGAUAAUAUACAGUCGGAUGGUGAGGAUUCAGAAGAUUCGGCAAAUUCGACAUCGAGCGAGCUCGGUAGGAUCGGGGCAGGGUCGAGAGCGUCUGGUGCUGGCACGCCGACAGAAAGAGGUCUUGCAAAAACAAAAAGAGAGGAAGAUAUUAUACUAAAGACUAUUGAAACAACAAAGGCACUAGGAUCAAAUACGCUGGAUUUGUGUCAUAAGGGAUUACUGCAGAUUCCACAUGAACUUUUGGAACUCUCUCAUUUGGAGUACCUGUACUUGGAGGGUAAUGGAUUAUCAGCUUUACCUGAUGACUUCUUUGACAAGUUGCCAAAUCUUGUGUGGUUGGAUGUACGGCGGAAUAACCUCCUUCGCCUUCCUAGCGUAUACACAGGACGCCAUCAACAUCUACGCUCUCUUCUCCUGGAGAGUAAUAGCCUUCGCAGUUUACCCUUAGAGUUAGGUCUCAUAAAAAGUUUGAAUGGCUUAAAUAUUAGUAAUAACCCUAUCGAGUUUCCUCCAAAGGAAGUGAUGGAGAAAGGAACCACGGCUAUCCUACAGUUUCUACGAGAAAUGCUACAUGCUAAGUCAACAGGAAAGAUGACGAAUGGGGGAAGUGGUGACAAUGGUGCUGAAAAUGAAUCAACUUCUAGUUCUGACGACUGGCAGGACGAAGAUGAUCUGCGGAACUAUGCACGACGUAAACACAUUGGCAAAAUGGAGGAUACUAAAAGUACAACCACAAAGUCAUCCGAUAUGUUUGGUGUGGUACCACAUUCCGCAGAGCUGCAUCGUCCAGUCAGCUACACAGAGAUGAAACAGGAGAAAAAGGAGAAGCUGAAGAAGGCUGGAGCAGCUGGGACAGUGGACAGUUACCAACUAGUCCGGAAGGAUCUAACAGCCUACCCCCAGUUCAGUAAUAACAUCAUCAGACGUACUCACAGCUUUGUUUCCUGUAGACACUGCAUCAACAGACGAACCUCGGCCUCCAAUAGUGUACUGUCGUGGAAGGUCAAUCCCUACCCGGAACCGCCGCCUUCCGAGUACAUAACAUUUAAAAUGAAUGAGGAACGCAAAAUUGCCAAAGUGAAAGAACUUCGUGAGAAAACAGAUGCCAUUAUACAAAGGAGAAAAGAUGAAGAAUUAUUGAAAGAGUGGCGCCAUGAAACAAAGAAACUACAACAAAAGCGAUAUUUUGACAGUUUACGUCGUGGAACCAAGGAUUUUGUUGACCCUGUGGAAAAAGCUCCUUUUGAUGUUGAUAAAAACCAUAUGAAGAUACCAACUAAUGAAGAGAGAAUUAAACAAGAUGUUAAAAAUGCUCAUGAGCGAAUUAGGAGAACCUUAUCUCCUACCAGCAGACAGAAAAUUGAGGAUGAAAAAGCGGCUCGUAUUCGAGAAUUAGAGAGGCGAAUCAAACAACACACUUCACAAAUGCAUGAGCGACGGAAACAGCCUAAGGGGACACCCCAGGAAGAAAUGGAGGCUGCCAAACGAGAACUAGAUGUGGCUGAGGAUCUUCACAAAGAGCUGUCUUUAUCCAGGAAAAAAUUGGAGUACCGGUUCCGAGCUUUUACAGGGGACCUAACGACGGGUUACACUGCCAAACGGAACACGGCCGUCCCUCAGUUACCUCAUCAGUGAAGAUGAUUCUAUUGGUUUUCAUGGAUAAUGUCCAGGUGCUAAAAUAUCAAGGAAAAACAACCCUUGGAUAUAAUCCUUGAAUGAGAGUAAUUUAGUCAGGGCCAGCAUGGAAAGGGAAGAUAACAGCUGAUAAAUGGCGGACAAUCUUACAUUGUACAUCUUAUUCUCUGAUUUUUUGCGUUAGUUGAGCUAUCCGACAUCCACCAGUGAUACUUAGUUUUAUACAGGUUUCAAUAUAUCAUUUGAUCUAAAAAAUAAUAUACUGCAAAUAAUGAAAAAAUAAAGAAGGAUUUUGGAAUUCUUAACUUUGGCAAUUUUAGAGUUGAUUUGAAUUCUGGGCCAAAGACUUGCAGGUCUAUACCUGCAUAUUCUUUUUUUUAGAAAAUAAUGUACAUAAGCUUAUGUAUGAAAUUAACAUAAUUUAUAGAAUAAAAAACCCAACAUAGCAGUGAUAUUUGCUGUCUUUAAAAAAAAAUGUUCUUGUUUUCGUUUUUGUGAUGUCUGAAGUGGUAUGUUUAUUUGUUAAUUUACUGUUAGUAACACUUUGUAACUUGAUUUUUCAAAAGUUUCCUGCUGCAGAUUUUUUCAAUGUAAUCAUUCUUGUAUAGCCUUAAUAACUAUAUACAUGUACAUUGCACAAUCUAAAAUGUAUUGGAAGCAUGAAUCGGAGAGAUUCGCUGUUUAUAUUGAAUAUGAAAGUUCAGUAUUGUAAACAAUUAGCCAAAAAUAGAUCUUUUUUUUAUUCUAUGUAUUUGUACAUAAUUAUCAAAUUGUUUAAUUGUCUAAAAUUUUAAAUCUUGAGUUUGAAGUUGAUAAAAAUAAAAUAAAAACAACACAAACAGAUAUUAUUUCCUGAUAUUUAGAGAUUUAUAAUACAGAUAGAUAUUUACUUUAUUUUCAACAAUAAAUAGCAUUAAAAAGUGUCAGUUUGAUUGAAAGACUAUGUUCUAUAUAAUAGUGAGACAGAAUUUCAGUUGUAAAUGAUUGUGAUGAAACUUGUCAAGUUUUUUUUAUUAGAUUUUCUUGCCAUCAGUAUUUAAAUUACCAAAUGUUCUUAUACCAAAUAAUUGUUUUAGAUUAAUACUGUGGUAACAGUAUUUUUAGUGAAAUUUUAUUCAUCAGUUUAAAUAAUUAUCACUGCCAAUUUAAAAUUUCAAUAUUUAAUCUAGAGACUGUAUCAAUCAUUAUAGAGUUUGUUUAUCACUACAAUGCUGUACAGUGUUAGGGAUGGUAUAUUUGGUGAUUUUAUUUAGUGAUUUUCCUGUGGUCAUUGUUAGUGCAUUCCCCAGACACGGACCAGUGAGAGUCGGCAUCGUGGAUUAUGAUGACCAGUGAGAGUUGGUAUCAUGUGUUACGAUGACCAGUGAGAGUCGGCAUCAUGGGUUACGAUGACCAGUGAGAGUCGGCAUCAUGGAUUAUGAUGACCAGUGAGAGUCGGCAUCGUGGGUUACGAUGACCAAUGAGAGUCGGCAUCAUGGGUUACGAUGACCAGUGAGAGUCGGUAUCGUGGGUUACGAUGACCAGUGAGAGUCG